AUUAUUCAAUAUGGACACACAGUACUUUUCCCAGCUGCUAGUAUUCCUGGUUCCAGCUUUGAUUUAUUUAUUGAACCGUUGGAGAAAUCGUCGGUUUUAUCGAGUUUCCGCGCAACUGUCGGGUCCGGUUGAUUUGCCUUUCCUCGGAUGCGGUCAUUUGUUCUUGGGCAAGGAUCACGAUGAACAGUUUUCCAUUCUGAACAAUAUGACCAAAGACUAUCAGUCGCCGUUUCGGGCUUGGUUGGGCCCGGAAUUCGUGAUUUUCGUCGAUAAUCCUGAAGACAUGCAGGUGGUUCUGAAUUCUCAGAAUUGUUUGGAAAAAGCUGAUCUCUAUCGGUUUGUUGGCUGUGAACGAGGGCUGUUUUCGUCUCCGGUUAACAUUUGGAAGGUGCACCGGAAGUUGCUGUCGCCGUGCUUUAGUCCAAGUAUUUUGGCUAGUUUUGUGAAUAUUUUUAAUAACAAGUGUGCAGUGCUAACCCAAAGAAUUGAGAAACAUCUGGGAAAUGGAGCGUUUGAUAUAUACGCAGACAUUUCGCGGUGUACUCUGGAUAUGAUUUGUGCUACCACGCUUGGAACCAACAUGGACCUGCAAAGUGAUGAGGGGACCAGAUAUGUUGAAGCUAUUGAAGAAAUCUGCGAGCUCGUAAAUAAUCGAAUGCUUAUGAUUUGGCUACACUCGGAUUUCAUCUAUCGGAGGACGAAAAUCUACCAGAAAGAGCAGAAGCUCCGUGAAGAGGUCUACAGUAUGGCACGGAAAGUUCUUGCCCUGAAGCUUCAGGAGCGGGACCAAUUUUUGAAAGGCAAAAAGAAAGUUCAACCAGAGGACCAGGAGAAAAAUCGGGGAAUCUAUAUCGACGAAAUUCUCCGGUUAGCCGAGGAAACCCACGUGUUCGACGAGCAGGACAUGAAGGACGAGCUGGAUACGAUUAUCUUGGGUGGUAAUGAAACGUCAGCUCUGACACUAUCCCACGUAAUGCUAAUGUUGGCAAUGCAUGAAGAUGUACAGGAGCGGGUUUACAAUGAAAUUAUCAGCGUAACUGGUUCGAAGGACCCAACGACGCCUAUUUUGUACGAACAAAUCCCGAAGCUAGCAUAUACAGAGAUGGCUAUCAAGGAAACGAUGCGCCUGUUGCCUGUUGGACCAUUGUUGGCCCGAAAGUGUACUGCCCCAACAAAAAUUUCGAAAACAACCAUUCCGGAGGGUACAACCGUGGUGCUAGGAGUCUUCAACUGUCAUCACAAUCCGAAAUAUUGGGGUCCGGAUGUUGACACCUUCCGCCCCGACCGGUUCCAUCCAGAACAGGUUGCCUCUCGGCACCCCUACUCUUAUCUUCCCUUCAGUGGUGGCCCCAGAAAUUGCAUCGGCUACAAGUAUGGACUGAUAUCGAUGAAAAUAAUGCUCUGUCAUCUACUGCGCACGUACAGAUUCCGAUCGCCGAUUACGAUGGAUACUCUGAAACUUAAAAUUAGCGUCACCCUUAAAGUUGCCAACAGGAAUAUGGUGCAGAUAGAACGGAGAUGUUAAAUGGAUGCAAUGAUGCAACAUCAAUGAUGCAAGUGCCGGGGGUUAUGAUAUCUAGUUAAUUAAAACAAUAAUUGAACGUUCACUUUUAUAUACAAAUACAAUGACAUUAAUUGAAACUAUAUUGUGUUGCUUUGAGUUAUUAUUUCCAAUUCAUGUCACUCCAACUUAAUUCCGAGUACGAGGUAAUUUUUCUUUUUGUAAAAAUAAUAGAGGAGAGUGGGGGAUCGGUAUGGGUUAACGAUAUUUAUUUACAGAUAUGAAGAGUUAAAGACUACUCAGUCAUUGUUCCGUUCACUAGGUAUGUACUUUUAGUUUAAAUACUAGUAUAAUCUAAAUCAAAUACAGAACUAAAGUAUGGUCUUCUAGAUAUUUUUGUUCAAAUGUGCCACUACUGUCGUUCCUCCAACGAAAGCAAACACCCACUGACCAUCUUCAGCACAAUGGUGUACUUAAUCUUAAGUGUAUCCAUCGUCAGCGGCGUUUUCAAUCGGUAUCUCCGUAGCACAUACACCAACAUAAUCUUCAUCGCAACCCAGGCGUAUUUUAUACCGAUACAAUUCCUUGGACCACCACUGAAGGGCACGAACGAGUAAGGAUGCCUUUCCGAGACCUGCUCCGGAAGAAAAUGAUCCGGAUUGAACUGAUUUGCAUCGGCACCCCAAAUAUCCUUAUUCCUAUGUACCAUGUAGAUGCACAUCGUCAGAGCUGUAUUGGCAGGAAUCGUGUAGUU